AUGAGCGCCGUCGACCUCCAAUCCCUCCUCCGCUUCCUCACCAAAGAUGCCAAACUUCCCCUCGCCCUCGCCAUGAGCAAAGUCAAAGACCUCCAAGCCGCAAACCUCGACUCUCCCGAAUCAAUCGCCAAAGUCAAGCCAGACGCCCUGAGGCCCAUCUUCGAAGAUGAGAAGAUCUCCAAGCAAAUCAUCUCCGCCGCUAAACGUCUCACCAAAAAACGCUCCGCCGGCGAGCUCGACGACAACCCACCAACACCCAAGAAGAAAUGCAAAGCGGAAUCCCUCUUCACCGACCAAACCCCCCUCUCCCCCACCGCUAUGGAAUUCUCCCUCACCCUUCCCACCUCCUCUCUCCCCUUCUCCUCCCUCUCCAGCACAUGCCUCAUCACCAACCGCGCCCCUUUAGUGCUCGCUUUCCUCGUCACCCUGCUCAAGUACACCAUGCCCGAACAACCGCUUUCGAGUAGGCUGAGUUUGGCGCAGGCAUAUGUCAGUCAGACGAGUAAGAAGAGGGCGAUUUAUUUGGGGAUUGAGGAUGGAAAGACGGCGGAGGAAGAGGGGUUUGGAGAGGGGUUGCCGCAGGUGGUGGUCGGGGGGAAGGAGGUUAAGGUGCUGAGGAGGUGGGGGUAUGAGUGGAGGGGUGAGGGGGAAGUGGGGGAAGUUGAGGUUGAGGGAAAGGUGGAGGAGGGUGGUGGCGUCAAGGUGGAGGAGGGUGAUGGCGGAGAAGAUGGGCAGGAAGUGCAGGCGGAAGAGAAGCCGGCUCUGUGGGCGCUGGACCUGGAAGCGUUGAAGAAGACUGACGAUUCUUCGAAACGGUCUGACUAUAGGAUUGGAACGUACAGUAAUCUUCCCAUCCAUACGCCGCAGUCUGCGAGGGCGUACAUCAUGAAGGCUUUCGCAUCAGCGCCCAGCACGGAAGCAGCGACCACGAAAAAGCCGACCGCCAAGGCUGCCGCUGCGGAGAAGGAGGCGAAUCUCGGCAAAUUGCUGAGGGCAUUGGAUCUGCUGUACGAGUCUUGGGCAACGACGCUGAGUGCUGAAGAGCUGGAUGCGAGGACUUGGGGUUGGUAUGUCAAGGUCCGGCCGAGUGUGGAGGAUGGAGUGGCGGGUUGGGGAGGGAAGAAUGUGUUGAAGUUGGGAGAUAUUCUGGCAUUACGUCGAGCCGAGGCUGACUGA